UGCAUCAAAACUGUCUGGAACUGCUACAUUACAACAUGUGCUACUUCUCUGCACAUCAGAUAAUAUUAGUAAUCAAAUUUUCAGAACUCAGGCCAUGAGCUUUUUUAUCUUUCACUUGGUUUUUAUGACUUGGUUAAUCGUUAAGCAAGGCCUUUGUGUCCCCUAGGAUUGAGCAAGGACAUGUGACACCCCUCGUUCAGGUUUCUGAGGGUUGAUCCAGAGAACUGUCCAAUGGCUGGCAGUCAGUAUAUGACCCUGGCAUGCAGAAUAUAAAGGCAGGACAUCUGACAUAAAGCUAACUUACACACAACAAGCUUAGAGUAGCAGAUAAGCACUCUAUAAAGUUAAUCCUGGCCUAAACAAUACACGAACAUUCAAACUUGAAUGCCAGUUGAUGCAGUGCUCUGCUUUUUUUUCAACGCUGCUGGAUAACUGAAGAUUUAUGCGCUCAAUAGUUUUUGUUAUUGCUCGCUGAUUAAAUCUGAGAAUCACUGAUCUGAUGGAGAGAUUUAAGUCUAAAGAAGGGGAGCACAUUAACCCCAGUUAUGAUUCCACCCUGGAUGAACCACCUGUUUAUGAGGAGUCCAACUUCUCAAAUGGGGAACACCGGGUAGUUCGGCCCUCAGUGAUCAGUGUCUUCGGUCGGGACACUUUGGACCGAAUGCCCAGCAUUGACUUCUAUCGGAAUCCAGGCAGUGUGAGCGGCCACCGGGCUGUGCGACCAUCACUGCAGGAGCUCCACAAUGUGUUUCAGAAGAAUGGAGCGAUCUCUGUGCCAGACACUCUGGAGGACAAUGGCCGCGAGAGUGACGACACCCCCUCUGAUGAUCUGGAGUCUGCUCUUCCCACUGACAGCAACAGUGGAGCAGUAAAGUUUGGCUGGAUAAAGGGUGUCCUGGUGAGAUGCAUGCUGAACAUAUGGGGUGUUAUGCUAUUCAUCCGUCUGUCCUGGGUCUUUGGUCAGGCUGGCUGGGGUCUAGGAAUUGUGGUUGUCGGUCUCAGCUGUGUGGUCACCACCACCACUGGUCUUUCUAUGUCUGCCAUUUGUACUAACGGUGUGGUCAGAGGAGGAGGAGCCUACUAUUUAAUAUCUCGCAGUCUGGGUCCUGAGUUUGGUGGGUCUAUUGGACUCAUCUUUGCAUUUGCCAAUGCUGUGGCUGUAGCAAUGUAUGUGGUGGGAUUUGCUGAAACAGUGGUCGACUUGAUGAAGGAACACGCUGCCAUCAUGGUGGAUGAAACAAAUGAUAUCAGGAUCAUUGGGUGCAUCACGGUGGUGCUGCUGCUUGGCAUAUCUAUCGCUGGGAUGGAAUGGGAGGCCAAGGCCCAGAUUCUUCUGCUCAUCAUCUUGCUGGUGGCCAUAGUGAAUGUAUUUGUAGGAACAUUCAUUCCUGCAACCUUGGAUAAAAAAUCCAAAGGUUUUUUCAGUUAUAACCCAAAAGUCUUCUCAGAGAACUUCUUGCCAGAUUUUAGAGACAGCGAGACCUUUUUUUCAGUGUUUGCCAUUUUCUUCCCGGCUGCAACAGGAAUCCUGGCUGGAGCCAAUAUCUCUGGAGACCUAAGGGAUCCCCAAGGAGGAUUACCUAAAGGCACCUUGCUGGCCAUCCUUAUUACUGGUGUUACUUACCUGGCUGUGGGCCUUGUUGUCUCUGCCACUGUCGUCCGUGACGCUACCGGAAACACAACUGAUCUUGUUACCCCAGGUGUAUCAUGUAACGGUUCAGCCAUGGCUGCUUGUGAGCUUGGCUAUAAUUUCUCUUCAUGUGACGUGCAAAAAUGCAACUUUGGAUUAAUGAACAACUUCCAGGUGAUGACCAUGGUGUCUGGGUUCGGCCCCCUCAUCAUUGCUGGAACAUUCUCAGCUACUCUUUCUUCAGCCCUGGCUUCUCUUGUCAGUGCACCCAAGGUUUUUCAGGCCCUAUGCAAGGACAACAUCUACAAGGCUCUGCACUUCUUUGCCAAGGGAUAUGGCAAGAACAACGAGCCAAUCCGUGGCUAUGUCCUCACCUUUGUUAUUUCUGUGGCCUUCAUUCUCAUUGGUGAUCUCAACAUGAUUGCUCCAAUCAUUUCAAACUUUUUCCUGGCAUCUUACGCUCUCAUCAAUUUCUCCUGCUUCCAUGCAUCCUAUGCCAAGUCUCCAGGUUGGAGACCAGCAUACAAAUACUACAACAUGUGGCUCUCCUUGUUAGGUGCAGUGCUCUGUUGUGUUGUCAUGUUUGUUAUCAACUGGUGGGCUGCUCUUCUUACAUACGGCAUUGAAAUCCUUCUCUACAUUUAUGUUACUGUUAAAAAACCAGCUGUGAACUGGGGUUCGUCAACACAGGCAGUAACGUAUGUGAGUGCGGUCAACAACGCUCUGUCUUUGUCUGGUGUAGAGGAUCAUGUCAAGAACUUUAGGCCUCAGAUGUUGGUACUGACAGCUUCAGCACGGUCCAGACCAGCCCUCCUAGACUUGGCUCAUUCCUUCUCGAAAAACUUUGGACUCUGUCUAAUCUGUGAAGUGUUUGUGGGCCCGAGAACAAAGUCUGUUGAAGAGAUGAACACCAACAUGGAAAAGAACCAGCAGUGGCUUCGAACGACCAGUCGCAAGGCUUUUUAUACAGCAGUGGCUAGUGACAGUUUCAGGGAAGGAGUUGAGAGACUGCUGCAGGCUUCUGGUCUUGGCCGCAUGAGGCCUAACACAUUAAUGGUAGGAUUCAAGAAAAACUGGAGGACGGCUGGUGCAGAGGCAGUGCACAAUUACGUGGGAGUACUACAUGAUGCCUUUGACUUCGAGUAUGGGACAGUGAUGCUACGAAUAAACCAGGGACUUGAUGUGUCUCACAUCAUUGAAGCGGAAGAGGAGAUGUUAAGGGUAGCAAAGGAACAUCAGGAACUGGAGAAUGACAUGACAAACAUGGAGAAACCAAAAGGACUGUUCAGAAAGUCCAGAAACUUCUCCCAGCAAGUGCUAACAACCAGAGUGUGCAGCCCUCAACCGCCACAGAUGGCCAGAAUGAACGAAAGGCUUUUGGAGGCCAGUACUCAGUUCAAAAGGAAACAGCCUAAAGGCACUAUUGAUGUGUGGUGGCUGUUUGAUGAUGGAGGUCUUACCCUGCUACUCCCCUACAUCCUCACCACCAGAAGGAAGUGGAAAGAUUGUAAGUUAAGGGUUUUCAUUGCAGGACAGCCUGAACGCAGUGACCUGGAUAAAGAGGAGAUGAAGUCUCUAUUAAACAAAUUUAGGUUUGCCUAUAGUGAGUUAAAGGUUAUUGAUGACAUCCAUGUGAAACCCAACCCUGAGAGCGUUAGAAGGUUUGAUGAAAUGAUCGCGCCUUUCCGUCUGCAUGAGGGCUCAAAAGAUACAGCUCAGGCUGAAGCCAUGGAGAGAGAGCAGCCUGACAAAAUCACUGACAAAGAGUUGAACUUAUUUGAGGAUAAGACCAGCCUUCAGAUACGACUAAAUGAGGUGCUUCAGGAACACUCUAAAUCAGCCAAUCUUAUCAUUGUGAGCAUGCCCAUUGCUCGUAAGGACUCUGUAUCUGAUUACCUCUACAUGGCUUGGCUGGAGAUUUUGACAACAAAUCUUCCACCAACGCUGCUCAUUAGAGGAAACCACAAGAGCGUGCUUACUUUCUACUCCUGAGCUUCCUGGGCUUUUUGCUAAGUCUAAGCAACUGAGCAGAAGGAAGUUGGAAAAGAUAAAUGGAAACCAUAAACCAUAUUUGAAAAGCAUACAAGAACUUGGAUGAUUUCAUUUGUAGUUACCGAGGGCUAUGAUAAAGUAAAUAAUUAUUUACUCAAAAGCUCCACAAAGCAAAAAGUACAGCAAGGCUUCAGACCUAAACAUUGUCAAUAAUUUGCUAUUAACUAGCUUUAUUGGUCUGAUAUGAGCUGAGAAAAUUCCUGUUUCUAUGUUAAACUAGGCUAUACUCAAUUACACACUGGUAACCAGCAUUUAAAUGAUUUGAAUGAAUGAAUAAUUGAACUUGUAACUGUUCCACUGCGAGACCAUAACAGUGUAAUAAAGCACAUUUCUUGACACUGUU